AUAGUGGAGUUAAAUUCUCUGUUGAAAAGUUGGGUUUGGUUAUUAUAUGUCUAUGGUAGGUCGGGAAUGGUAUUUUAAACUGGUAGCUGUCUUCGUCUGCUAACGAGAUCCAAAUUUGGUUUUUGAAUGCAUUUAUGGGUCCUUCUAUUGCUGGAAUUAGAUUGUGUGAUGAGCUUUCGUCGGAAUGUGUAGCAACUGAUAGGGAGUUUACUUCAAAAGGCCUGGAUAAUGUAUCUGCAACUACAUUGGCUUUCCCAGAGCAAUAUAAACAUGGAUGUGAAAUCUUCAUCAACGCCAACCAUGCGUUCGGCAGUUUCCGCUCCUCGCUCUGCAGCUGGCCCAAUAGCAGCGCCCCGGACCACCACUGCACCGGCAGCGCUUCGACCAACGACAGGCUCCACCGCUACAACGGCCCCGCGUAAAAGCACACCAGCAUCACCCGCAUUACCAGCGGAUCCGCGGCGCAUUCGUUGUCCACUAAGUCGCCAAUUCCUCCAAUUUCAAAUACCGAUCUAUUAUAAAAUAAACGAUUGAGUAUUCACUAUUGUUUUGAAAAGCAUGAAAUAUAUAUAAAAAACAAAUACUUACUAUCUAUGCCACUAUUUUCAAACUUUGUAAAACUCAGUAAUGUUCAGUUAUUAAUUAUAAAUAAAGAGUAUUUAAAUACUCGCGACUUUGUCUACGUGCAUUCAGUAAGCAGACAAAAAUAUAUC